AUGGCCUACUUCGUCGGUCUGGGCUGUUGUAUGAACGCACGACACCCCCAGCUUGCGUCCACUCCAAGGUCUCGGUCCCCGCUCGAGGAGAUCAAGACCGGCAACAUAAACUGGAGUGCCUCGACGCUUGGGAUCGAGACGGACCUCACUCUGACACUCCGCGCUGAAGCCAUCCGCUCAGACCCAAGCAUGCCGGACGUUCGAGAUAUUCCUCUCUCGUCCAUGGAAUUUUUCAACGCGCCGUUGCCGUCGCCGUCGCCGGCACUUCCACCUCCCGUCGCAAGCCCACAGUCACGGCCUCGGCGGGAGAAGAGGCGAGGCAUCGACAGCCCUGUCGUCACCGUCACAGACCAUGAUAUCGUUACAGGCACGACGCCGUCGACCGGCGAAUGCCAGCACGAGAGGCAAGAACGCCACCACCACCACCACCACCACCGACAACGACGACAGUCACCACAAAGGGACCGCGACAGAGAGACCGUCGUGGCUGUUCGGGCCUGGAGCCAGAUCGAUCCCCUCUACGGCAUGUAUCAGCGCGAGCGCGAACAGCAGGUCCAGCGCGACAGACAGACACAGACACAGAGCAGAAAUCGGUUCGCCGACAUUCGCGGCUUUGAAUUUCUGAGCUACGGCGGCUGGAUCGUGAUCUGA